AUGGCCAAGGAAGCCCCCGCCAAGACCGGCCUCACCGUUGGCCUCAACCGUGGUCACAAGACGACCUCCCGCGUUGUCAAGCCCAAGAUCUCCCGCACCAAGGGUCACUUGAGCAAGCGCACUGCCUUCGUCCGUGACGUCGUCAAGGAGGUCGCUGGCCUUGCCCCCUACGAGCGCCGCAUCAUCGAGUUGCUGCGCAACAGCAAGGACAAGCGUGCCCGUAAGCUCGCCAAGAAGAGGCUCGGUACCUUCGGCCGUGCCAAGGGCAAGGUUGACGAGCUUCAGCGCGUCAUCGCCGAGUCCCGCCGUGCCGGUCACUAA